UCUAUCUGCAGAGCCUCUAUUACAUUUCAACUAUUGUUUCAGAGUGUGAGGAAGAUGAGUUAUACGCAAAUCUCACCAUGCCUACAGAUUCACAAUAUAAUUUAUACAUGAAUGCAAAUCAGUUACAAGGGGAAAUAGAAGAUUGGAGUGACAUUAAUGAUGAAUUGUUUGCCUUGUUAACUCUACCUGAGGAGUCUCAAGAGAUUUCCUAUAGUGGGGCCCAUGGAUAUGCUACAUUACAAGGGUCACAAGAAAGCGAAUUAGAAGAAUGGUGGAAUAGACAGUUGCAGACAUGGUUUCCAAACAUCAGUGCCACCCCUGUACAAUCGGGAGGUGGUCCACAAGCAAGAACAACACAGGGGCAGGACAUAACACAAGGCUCACAAGAAAUGGAUAUGCAAGAUAGUGACAGCGAACAGUUCUCUGCUGAUUUUCCAAGGCCACAAAGCGAUCGACAGAGUAUUGCACCACAGCAGCACCCGUCAAGCCCUGCACAGGAUUUACAAGGGAUGGAAAAUGAACCCCAACCAUCAACAUCUCGUGGAAUACAAGAGCCUGUUUGUAAAAAGUCAAGAAUGUGGGCUGACAUCCCUCAGAGGACGGUGACAAUACCAGUGAAGAGGAUGUUAUGUCAGGAACCCAAUCAGCAGAUGAGGGGGAGGCCUUGGAAGACUCUGCCACAUUAA